GAGUUUGAAAAGAGGAAGGAAGUGGGGCCCGGCAGAGCGCCUAGCCACCCCCUGGCUGCUUCCCCUCAGGACAACGCGAGGUGCUUGCAGGACCCCCGGCCCAGCCAUGGCCCCCUGGCGUAAAACUGACAAGGAGCGACACGGCGUGGCCAUAUACAACUUCCAGGGAAGCGGAGCCCCGCAGCUCUCCCUGCAGGUUGGCGAUGUGGUGCGGAUACAGGAGACCUGUGGAGACUGGUACAGAGGAUACCUCGUAAAGCACAAAAUGUUACAGGGCAUUUUUCCUAGAUCGUUUAUCCACAUCAAAGAAGUGACAGUGGAGAAAAAAAGAAAUAUCGAGAACAUUAUUCCUGCAGAAAUCCCUCUGGCACAAGAAGUGACCACGACACUCUGGGAAUGGGGCAGCAUUUGGAAACAGCUCUAUGUGGCCAGCAAAAAGGAGCGGUUCCUGCAGGUGCAGUCCAUGAUGUACGACUUGAUGGAGUGGCGGUCCCAGCUCCUCUCCGGAACUUUGCCGAAGGACGAGCUGAAGGAACUGAAGCAGAAAGUCACGUCCAAAAUUGACUAUGGCAACAAAAUCCUUGAGCUUGAUCUGAUUGUCAGAGAUGAAGAUGGAAAUAUCUUGGACCCUGAUAAUACCAGCGUCAUCAGCUUAUUCCACGCACACGAGGAAGCGACUGAUAAAAUUACAGAGCGUAUCAAGGAAGAGAUGUCAAAAGAUCAGCCCGAUUAUGGAAUGUAUUCCCGGAUCUCCUCGUCCCCCACCCACAGCCUCUAUGUUUUUGUGAGAAACUUUGUGUGCAGAAUCGGGGAAGAUGCUGAGCUCUUCAUGUCUCUCUAUGACCCCAACAAGCAAAUGGUCAUCAGCGAGAACUACCUGGUGCGAUGGGGCAGCAGGGGCUUCCCAAAGGAGAUCGAGAUGCUCAACAACCUGAAGGUGGUCUUCACGGAUCUUGGAAACAAAGACCUCAACAGGGAUAAAAUUUACUUGAUUUGCCAAAUAGUCCGAGUUGGGAAGAUGGAUCUUAAGGAUACGAACACAAAGAAGUGCACGCAGGGUCUGAGGCGGCCCUUUGGGGUGGCAGUUAUGGAUAUAACAGACAUCAUCAAGGGGAAAGCCGAGAGCGAUGAAGAGAAGCAGCACUUCAUCCCCUUUCACCCGGUGACAGCUGAGAAUGACUUCCUACACAGCCUGCUGGGCAAAGUCACAGCCUCCAAGGGCGACAGCGGAGGGCAAGGCCUCUGGGUGACCAUGAAGAUGCUCGUGGGUGACAUCAUUCAGAUCCGCAAGGACUACCCGCACCUGGUGGACAGGACCACCGUGGUGGCCAGGAAGCUGGGCUUCCCGGAGAUCAUCAUGCCAGGGGACGUCAGGAACGACAUCUACAUCACGCUCUUACAAGGCGACUUUGACAAGUACAACAAGACCACGCAGAGGAACGUGGAAGUGAUCAUGUGUGUGUGCACGGAGGAUGGCAAAACGCUGCCUAAUGCGAUUUGUGUGGGAGCUGGGGACAAGCCCAUGAGUGAAUAUCGGUCCGUCGUAUACUAUCAAGUCAAACAGCCACGGUGGAUGGAAACAGUCAAGGUGGCCGUCCCCAUCGAGGACAUGCAGAAGAUCCAUCUCCGGUUCAUGUUUCGGCAUCGGUCGUCCCUGGAAUCUAAGGACAAAGGAGAAAAGAACUUUGCCAUGUCCUACGUGAAGCUGAUGAAGGAAGACGGGACCACUCUGCAUGACGGAUGCCACGACUUGGUUGUCCUAAAGGGGGACAGCAAGAAGAUGGAGGACGCCAGUGCUUACCUGACUCUUCCUUCCUACCGGCACCACGUGGAAAACAAGGGGGCCACCUUGAGUCGAAGCUCCAGCAGUGUCGGGGGGCUCUCUGUCAGCUCCCGGGAUGUGUUCUCCAUUUCUACGCUGGUGUGCUCCACAAAGCUCACCCAGAAUGUGGGUUUGCUGGGUUUGCUGAAGUGGCGUAUGAAGCCACAGCUGCUUCAGGAGAACUUAGAAAAACUGAAGAUUGUCGAUGGAGAAGAAGUAGUGAAGGUCAGUGGGGCUUCAUUUUGCUUGUAUUCAUCCACCAGUGACCGAGCUUUAAAUCAUGAGGGGCUUCAGGGGAGAAAUGAAGUGUUGAAGGAGAUGGGUCAGCUUUUUCUUCUGACAACGGAACACAGCGUCCCAAGUUGCCAUGAGAAACUUUCACUGGGAAAUCUGGGGGAUGAUGUGGUUCGAAUUUUAAUAGGGGUUCAGUUAGGCCAUGUAAAUACAGCUUCCCGCCCUGGGUCUGCUCCCAAAACACUCAUUCCUUGCCUCUUCCUCAAGAUCUACAUAAUAGGACUCAUUGCUGACCGGAAAUUCCAGCAUUUCAACACCGUUCUGGAGGCUUACAUUCAACAGCAUUUCAGUGCUACCCUCGCUUACAAGAAGUUGAUGACGGUGCUGAAGACUUACUUGGAUACCUCCAGCAGAGGGGAGCAAUGUGAGCCGAUCCUAAGGACCCUGAAAGCUUUGGAAUACGUAUUCAAGUUCAUUGUUCGGUCGAGAAAAUUAUUUUCGCAGCUUUAUGAAGGCAAGGAACAGAUGGAGUUUGAAGAAUCCAUGAGACGGCUCUUUGAAUCCAUCAACAACCUGAUGAAAAGUCAGUAUAAAACAACCAUCCUUCUGCAGGUGGCAGCUUUGAAAUACAUCCCGUCUGUCCUUCACGAUGUGGAAACCGUCUUUGAUGCAAAGUUACUCAGCCAGCUCCUGUAUGAGUUCUACACCUGCAUCCCUCCCGUAAAACUGCAGAAGCAGAAGGUCCAGUCCAUGAAUGAGAUAGUCCAGAGCAACCUCUUUAAAAAGCAAGAAUGCCGGGACAUUCUGCUUCCUGUCAUCACCAAGGAACUGAAGGAGCUGCUGGAGCAGAAGGAUGAGAUGCAACACCAGGUCCAGGAGAAGAAGUACUGUGUCGAAUUACUGAACAGCAUCUUGGAGGUCCUCAGCUGUCAGGAUGCGGCCUUCACCUACCACCACAUCCAAGAAAUCAUGGUCCAGCUGCUUCGCACAGUGAACCGGACGGUCAUCACGAUGGGGCGAGAUCACAUCCUGAUUAGUCACUUCGUGGCGUGUAUGACAGCCAUCCUGCACCAGAUGGGCGACCAGCACUAUUCCUUCUAUAUUGAGACCUUCCAGACCAGCUCGGAACUUGUGGACUUCUUGAUGGAGACAUUCAUCAUGUUCAAGGACCUCAUUGGGAAAAAUGUGUAUCCUGUAGACUGGAUGGCCAUGAGUAUGGUUCAGAACAGGGUCUUCCUGAGAGCUAUCAACAAGUUUGCAGAAACCAUGAACCAGAAGUUCCUGGAAAACACGAACUUUGAGUUUCAGCUGUGGAACAACUAUUUUCAUCUGGCAGUGGCUUUUAUCACUCAGGAUUCUCUGCAGCUGGAGCAGUUCUCGCACGCCAAAUACAACAAAAUCCUGAAUAAGUAUGGGGACAUGAGACGGCUAAUUGGCUUCUCCAUCCGUGAUAUGUGGUACAAGCUGGGCCAGAACAAAAUCUGCUUCAUCCCGGGCAUGGUGGGACCUAUAUUAGAGAUGACACUUAUCCCUGAGGCUGAGCUCCGGAAAGCUACCAUACCAAUCUUCUUCGACAUGAUGCUGUGCGAAUAUCAAAGGAGUGGGGAUUUCAAAAAGUUUGAAAACGAAAUCAUCCUCAAGCUGGACCACGAGGUGGAAGGGGGCCGAGGGGACGAACAGUACAUGCAGCUGCUGGAGUCAAUCCUGAUGGAGUGUGCUGCAGAACACCCGAGCAUCUCCAAGUCUGUGGAGAACUUUGUGAACCUGGUCAAAGGCCUCCUCGAGAAGCUGCUGGAUUACCGGGGCGUGAUGACGGACGAGAGCAAAGACAACCGCAUGAGCUGCACCGUGAACCUGCUGAAUUUCUACAAAGAUAACAACAGGGAAGAGAUGUACAUAAGGUACCUGUACAAACUCCGCGACCUUCACCUGGACUGUGACAAUUACACCGAGGCCGCCUAUACACUCCUCCUCCACACCUGGCUUCUCAAGUGGUCAGACGAGCAGUGCGCGUCACAGGUCAUGCAGACAGGCCAGCAGCACCCCCAGACCCACCGGCAGCUGAAGGAGACACUGUAUGAGAUCAUCAUAGGCUACUUUGACAAAGGAAAGAUGUGGGAAGAGGCCAUCAGUCUGUGCAAGGAGCUGGCGGAACAGUAUGAGAUGGAAAUCUUUGACUACGAGCUGCUGAGCCAGAACCUGAUCCAGCAGGCAAAAUUCUAUGAAAAAAUCAUGAAAAUCCUCAGACCCAAGCCAGACUACUUUGCCGUCGGAUACUACGGCCAGGGUUUCCCCUCCUUCCUGCGGAACAAAGUGUUCAUCUACCGAGGGAAGGAGUACGAGCGAAGAGAAGAUUUCCAGAUGCAGCUGAUGAGCCAGUUCCCCAACGCGGAGAAGAUGAACACAACCUCUGCCCCCGGGGACGACGUCAAGAACGCCCCGGGCCAGUACAUCCAGUGUUUCACUGUCCAGCCCGUCCUGGAUGAACACCCGAGGUUCAAGAACAAGCCAGUGCCUGACCAGAUUAUAAACUUUUACAAAUCCAACUAUGUACAGAAGUUCCACUACUCCCGGCCGGUGCGCAGGGGGACGGUCGACCCUGAGAAUGAGUUCGCCUCGAUGUGGAUCGAGAGAACCUCCUUCGUCACCGCGUACAAGCUUCCGGGCAUCCUGCGCUGGUUCGAGGUGGUCCACAUGUCCCAGAGCACAAUCAGCCCCCUGGAGAAUGCCAUCGAAACCAUGUCCGCGGCCAACGAGAAGAUCCUGGUGAUGAUAAACCAGUACCAGAGUGACGAGAGCCUCCCCAUCAACCCGCUCUCCAUGCUCCUGAACGGGAUCGUGGACCCUGCUGUCAUGGGAGGGUUCGCCAAGUACGAGAAGGCCUUCUUCACUGAGGAGUACAGCAGGGACCACCCCGAGGACCAGGACAAGCUGAGCCGCCUCAAGGACCUGAUUGCGUGGCAGAUCCCCUUCCUGGGAGCUGGGAUUAAGAUCCAUGAGAAACGGGUGUCAGAAAAUCUGCGGCCCUUCCAUGACCGGAUGGAGGAAUGUUUCAAGAACCUAAAAGUGAAGGUGGAGAAGGAGUACGGUGUCAGAGAGAUGCCCGACUUCGAGGACAGGCGGGUGGGCCGCCCCCGGUCCAUGCUGCGCUCCUACAGGCAGAUGUCCAUCAUCUCCAUGGCUUCCAUGAACUCCGACUGCAGCACGCCCAGCAAGUCCGCCUCCGAGAGCUUCGACCUGGAACUAGUGCCUCCCAGGACUCCAAAAGCGGAGCAGGAGGAGCCGAUCUCCCCGGGGAGCACCCUGCCAGAGGUCAAGCUACGGAGGUCCAAGAAGAGGGCCAAGAGAAGCAGCGUGGUGUUUGCGGACGAGAAGGCCGCAGCAGAGUCGGGCCUGAAGCGGCUUUCCAGGAAGCAUGAGUUCAUGAGUGACACCAACCUUUCGGAGCAUGUGGCCAUCGCCCCCAGGGCAUCCAUCCUGUGUCAGAUGAGUUUCGCCAGCCAGUCCAUGCCCACCAUCCCAGCCCUCACGCUCUCGGUGGCCGGCGUGCCCGGGAUGGAUGAGGCCAACUCGUCGCCCCGCCUCAGCCAGACCUUCCUCCCUCUGUCCGACGGCGACAAGAAGACGCUCAAGCGGAAGAAAGUAAAUCAGUUCUUCAAGACGAUGCUGGCCAGCAAACCUGCCGAAGAAGGCAAGCAGACUUCCGACCUAAUGUCCACGGACCUGUGAGAUGCUACUGGCCAGGGCUGCCCCUUGGGGACAGGGAUGGGAGUCUGCAGAAGAGGAGAGACACGGCAGGACAUUGAUGCCUCAGAGAGCAGGGAGCCCACCCAUCAGUUGCCUGCACUCAGACGGAGGAAACGGGCUGAUCUGGGCCCCAGAACUGUCCGUGGGGACAGACCCAGCCAGCAUCGCCAGGCCGGGGUGACCACGCCCCACCCGGAAGCUUAGGCACACCAAGGAACCAACAGGAAUGCCUCCUCCCAGCAUCCUGGGCACAUCUUUUUAUAGCCCAGUGUCCUAGGUCUAAGGAGCUGUAUUUUUGUUUCAUUUUCUAAGUCCCAGCACUUAACAGGAAUGCUUUUAAAUAUUCUUUUAUUUUAUUUUUGGUUAACAGUUUUGUAUUUUAUGUUUUUUAAUACAACCAACCUGUCUUUUUUCCUAGCUGAUCAUCUCCGAAGUGUUGCUCUUUUGUACUGACAAUAAAAAUGAUUCCAC